AUGUCAUACUGCGACAUGUCUCUAACAUCGAACCUCGGAAACGAACGUCACGCCAGUGCCUGGUUUAUCACAUCGGAUGGACAUGUCAUUCCUUUCCAUGCGGUGAUCCUUGACUUCAGAUCUCUGUUGCCAUGCGUUCUCGAUGACUUGGUCAACUCUCGAGUGGACGCCGGACAGCCUCGCAUCCCGGUUCCUUUCGACAGUCAGACGGUCUGGCGCGUUUUCAACUUCAUCUAUCAUGAGGACUACGACGAUCUUGACGUUCCCCUGACCUUCCCCGUGGUCGAUCCCCCUCGAGCUUCUCCGUCGGCUAGCACUAGGUUGAUCGACAUCUACUCUUCAGACGAGGAGACGGAGCUUUCCUUGGGGUUCCGUAACCUCCAGGUUACCCCUCGGGCUUGCACUUCGGCUGUUCUACUCAAGGCUUGGGCCAAUCUGCUGGUCUACCGCGUCGCCAGCAUCUGGACUAUCGACCGUCUGGUCGUCGAGUCCUCAACCAGAUUUGACAGAUUCCUAUCCGGCGCCUCUGGCGAGACCGAUUUUCCUGAAUUCGUCGACGCUGUCUUCAACUCAGUCUCUGACCCCGCUCAGAUCCUGUAUGAUCGCGUCGCUGAGGAGUGUGUUGACAAUGCCGAAGAGCUCUGUAGAAGCGAUCACUUCCUUGCCGUCGUUCAAAGACAUGGGUUGUUGGGUCGUCUUCUCUUCGUGAAGAUCACUUCUCGCAGUCGCGGCCAGAGAAAUGCCUCUGCUUUUUUUACAACUCCUGCACCCACCGUCCCUGCUGCUUCGACCGCUGCUUCGACCGCUAGUUCGUCCGCUGCUUCGACCGCUGCCAGCCCCUCAGUUAUCGGAGACCUUCAAGGCCAGCUCGCCAGUGCACAGAAGGACAUCGUUCUCAAGGACGCGCUUCUGGAAACCCGUGAAGCAGAAGUUCAACGCCUGAAGCAGAACGUCGAAUCUCAGCACGCGACCUUGACUCGCCAGAGUAUCAAGAUCACCGCUUUGGAGGGUCGUUCUGUCGCUCCAGGACCCGAGGACCCCAAGUUGACUGCCCAGCUCAAGGCCAAGGAAGCUGCGCUCGAGAAUCUUCAGGACAAGCUCGAUUCUCAAGACCUCCAGAUCUUGGACCUCGAGGCCAAGCUGAAGGACUCCAUACGUCGCACUACGGAGUUGACUCAUGGGAUCAACCACCAGCGCUCCAAUCAGCCUCACAACACCAACCUGAUGAUCCAGCGCAACGAGGCACGUCAAAAGUUCGACAUCGUCCAACAAGAGCUUACUACCUCGGAGAAGAAGGUCAAGGACCUGGAGGCUCGUCUUGCCGCCAAGGAGCAAGAGCUUGUAACCCUUCGUGCUGCUCCCGCCCAGCCCACGCCUCGUGUCGUUGCUCAGGCUGACGCACCCGCUCUACCUGCUCCCCCGGUCGGACCCACUCGCAAAGUCGCGGGCUUUGGUGCCUUGACUAAAUCAGUCAACAGCAUCAAUGAUGGUACAGCCGUCGCUCCCGCUCCGCGUCAACCUCUCGCUCUGCCCUCCCUGCCGCCAGGUAUCGCCACUCAGACCACUGGGGGAGCCCUUACUUUUGUCCAACGCAUGGCUGCCCGCCGUCAGGCCGCCGGUAUUGGUGGCGGAGAACUUGAGGCCGCCAUAUUAGCCGGUGCUCCCGCUAGCAUGCCCGUGGCUGUGCGCAACGAACAUGCUGCCCCUGAGCAGCCAUCACCCACCCUCAGUGAUGCACCUUCUACGACCGGCGUAGCUGCUGUCGUCCCGGCUCUGACCAACGGUGUACCCCGUGCUCCUCACUCGACCAACGUCACUCGUCGCACCACUGGACCUCACGCCGGUCCUCACACUAGACCUCAGACUCCUCAGAGCAAUGGCGUGAUCCCUUUCACUGCCGGACCUGGUAUCACUACUUCGACUGCUGUCAACGGUGUCACUACCUCCACGGUUGUCAAUGGCGCUUCUAGCAGUCCCAUCUCUACCACUCAGGCUUCGACUGUCGGUCAGAGCAACGCUGUUCUUGAGGAGAAGAUCAGAAUCAUUGAUCAGCAGCGCAUUGAGAUUGCCAGACUGCAGAAUCAGGGUAGAUUCUACCAAAAACAGUUGAACGAUGCUCGCAAUGGUCCUGCCAGUAACGUCAACACCAGGGGUCAUGGCGGUUCCGGCUUUUCUUCUUCUGGUGAGGAUACCCGCCGCCUCAAGAUCGUCCUCACCGCUCUCAAGGAGUACGAUCUCGAACACAAGGCCUGCCUAGACUGCAGCAUCAACUUCAAUUCCGAGUGGCGCGGAAUUGUCGACGACGUCAGCAACCCCGAACUCAUCUUGAACUGCAAGAAAUGUGGUGAGGAGAAGUGCCGUUGGCGCUGUUGA